GUCGCAUAAAAUCAUCAUCGGUUCAGACAGUUUCCUGUUCUUCCUCUCUGUUCUGUUCUGUUCUGCAUUUCAAAGGAGAGGAGAGAGAAACUAGAGAGAGAGAGAGAGAGAAAUGGAAGCUGCGAUGGGACUGAUGCGGCGGAUUCCACCCAAGCACACAGACACCGCCCUCUCCGCUCUUCUCAGCCUUAUGCCAAACCAUUCUUCCGAUCUCCUCUCUCAGGUCGACCAGCCCCUCCAGGUUUUGUGCGAUGUGGAUAGUGGGAAGGAGUUCAUACUGUGUGAAUAUAACAGAGAUGCUGACUCUUACAGAUCACCUUGGUCGAAUAAAUACCAUCCACCAUUGGAAGAUGGUUCGCUUCCUUCUGCGGAGUUGAGGAAGCUCGAAAUUGAAGCAAAUGACAUAUUUGCAAUAUAUCGUGACCAGUAUUAUGAAGGUGGCAUUUCAUCCGUUUAUAUGUGGGAAGAUGACAAUGAAGGUUUUGUAGCGUGCUUUUUAAUAAAGAAAGAUGGCUCAAAGACAGGGCAAGGUCGACGCGGAUAUCUAGAGGAAGGAGCAUGGGAUGCUAUACAUGUCAUAGAGGUGGGACCAGAGGAAGAGGAAAACACCAAUUAUCGUUUAACCAGUACAGUUAUGCUGACUUUGACUACAAGUAAUGAGUCAUCAGGAACUUUCAGUUUGUCUGGAUCAAUUAGACGUCAGAUGAAUAUGAAGCUAUCAGUUGCUGAUGGACAUCUUUGUAACAUGGGAAGAAUGAUUGAAGAAAUGGAGAGUAAGCUGAGGAACUCACUUGAUCAGGUAUACUUUGGGAAAACAAGAGAAAUGGUUUGCACACUAAGACCACCGGCUGAAGUGGCGCAGAUGAGAAUUCCAGAGAGCUGAUGUACCAUUCCAUGGUGUGGCGGUGAGUUACUUGAUAUUCUUGUGAUGGCUGGGAAUUUGUAUUACAGUAUUUGAAGUAGGUAGUUUCACAAGGGUUGGUGGUAUGGAAGGUCCUAUUUUGCAGAGGAGUUGUGUGUGAUGUUGAAUGUAAACUGUUGCGUUCUUGGUGGAUAUGGUCAUUGUUGUUGAUAUUGGAACGGUGAUUUAACAGAACUGUGGAAUUCCAAUAUUGGUGCCUAUGAUAAUGCCUGAGCUGAUGAACGUGUUA